AGAGAAGGAGAUUCUCAUUGGAGAGAGAAACAAGAGAAAGAAGAUCCUUUUGCAGGUUUUUAGAAAAAGGGGGAGAAAAAGAAGGAAAAACAAAAAGCAUCCUCCGUGCUGAGGCCAUCUUGGUUGCACUGCUACCCUCUGGAAUCCAGACCUGAUUCUUAUUAAGUUAAGUGUCGCGGCUUUGGAGAAGAACUCCAACAAGGGUGGAAUGAUGUUCUCCAAGUUGAAGUGGCUGAUUGUGAUCCAGCUCCUGCUGAAUGAACAGACUCUGUGCAGGGUCCCACCGCCUCGGACUCAGGGGAACACUCUGCUCCUAAAAACUGACCGCCACGGAGAGGUGGAAGAAACUGACAAACAGGAUCAUCAGACUUUCCUGGGAUCACAUCUCCAGCUCAGAUUCUCGUCUGCUGAAAAGACUGAUACUGUAUCAGUGGCUGCACAUAAAGAGGAGAGAGUCCAGUCUGCCAAACUUAUGGUAUCAGGCCUCAGGGCGAAGCUUCAGGGGCAGAUUCAAGAUCAUCUCCAUAGUCAAGGGAACAUCAGCUGUGAGGAGCUUCUGUCUGCCAGCACCGGGGACGACUCUUUGUCCUCCAUGUUCCCCCAGGAGCUGCUGGGUCUCUCUCUAGUGCCUGUGUUGGCAGUGGCAGGAUGCCCAAAGCAGGCACAGACCCUGGUGCUGAAGCUGUAUGACCUGCUGGGAGUGGCAGACACGGAGGAGCUCCUGAUGGAGCUGCAAGGUCUCAUAGUGCGGAGGUUGAGCAAGUCAGCAUCUACACCAGCACCUGCACCAGCAACAUCGUUGACAGAGAGAGAUCAAGCAGGGCGCCACAUAGAGGCCGUGAUGUUCAACAUCCAGCAGCUGGUGAUGGUGGGAGAAGAAACCACCAAGCAGGAGGGACGUUGUGACGGUUGGACCAGGGUGAACGGAACCAUGCUGGUGGGGACAGGUGUGGAGCGAGCCACAGGUGGACUGGAGGAGGCAGUGGACAGCUGUGAGCGACUGGGAGUCCUGUGUGCCGGUGUGACCAGCAGUGGACUGCUCACACCUGGCAUGUACCGGGCAGUGCUGAAGAAAGGCAGCCGUAUCAUGCCAUCGGACUCCGCAGGGUCUGAGUGCUGGAUCCGUCAGUGCAGUGCGGAGGAAUAUAUUUCCAUCCCUGCUGCUCCAGGUCGACGGAUGAAGCGCAGCCCCGAGGGGAGCUGCAUAAACAAGCGCGAGGAGCGUGUGUACAACGUGGUGGAGUGGAUCCCUGCAGUCAGCACCCUCUACAACCUGGGCACAGCCGUGUAUUAUGCCUCAGUCAACUGCUCUGAAACAGCCAAGGAGCGAGCCAUCCUCAGUGCGGUUGACCUGGGCACAGACGCCCUCAUGGUUGCCACAGGGGGGACUGCCGGGGUGGCAGGUUAUGCUCUGGGUGCUGGGGUGAAGACGGGCGUGAAAGCCGGGGUCAGGUUCCUCCUCAACUCCAUGAAGCAGGAAGACGACGUGCUGGUGAACCAGUUCAGUUGGGAGGAGGGUGUCAUCACCAUCCAGUAGACUGAAGGAUCACUGAAUCAGCCUGGGAAGGGUUAAAUAGUUUCUACAUUUUUUGACAAUGACACAAGGAUCGGUGUUUGUUAGUUGACAUGGUUGGGGAGAAACAAAUAGGUUUACCAGAUUUAGUAUAAUGUAGUUUAUAUAGAGAACAAGAUUACAUUACUCAGUGGAAAAUCUGAAUCACAUCUUGAAAGGGGAAAAAUAGCCUUUUCUGUUUGUGUGGCCAUGAACACAAACCUACUUCUGACACAGUAAAUAUUUUUUAUUGCAGUUAAUGUCAGUAGCUUUCAUUCUGUCUGUACAUUCAAGUCAAUUAGUUGUUGUUGUUUUUAAGAAGACAAUCUUACCUACAAAAUAAAAUGAGGUAAAAAACAUUAUAUUGCAAUACAGCAGUUGUUAACAAUCUCAGUAGUCUUACCCCAGAACGUGAGCUAUAAACAUUUGCAUUUAGAAAGUGUAUAAGUGUAACAGUAGUAGAGUAACAAGUGAUCAUAUUCAGCAGCAACAUUUAAAGAACUUGUCUCAGGAAGCUCAACCCUUGAACCCUCAAGACUGUGAUUUUUGCCCUCCAUCCUUGUCUUUUCUGCAACGGUGUAUUAGGGCAAUUGUAGGUUCAAAAGAAAUCAAUUAAUUAAAUAAUACAUUUUACAAGAAAAAUCUCAGAUAUUCCUUGAAUGGUAGAUUUUAUAUUAUAGACUAUUAUUGCUAAUAUUGUUAUUAUUUUUUGGUUAUUUCCUUUAUGGCUCUAAUACACAGUCGAACUAACAGGCCGUUAUACUUCUCUUCUGCUCACUUACCUUCCUCACCCUUGCUGUUGUCUUCCUCCAAUCAAAACCUUUUGCCACGCAAGAGUCAAACUAUCUCCUCUGGGACUACACUAUUAUUUUUUAUGUUUCCUUUAAAUGGUAACACAUUGAAUAUUAAAGGCUUGCUUACA